AUGCCAAAGGUCAGCGACGUCCCCCAUGUCGGCAAGGCGAUCCUGGACGCCAUCCAGCGCGGUGCACCCGACGUCGACCUCGACGACCUGCCCAACCUGACCGAUAUGAGCGCCGACAAACUCACCGAGAACGUCAUUGCCAUUAACCAGGGAUGCACGAAUCCCAGGCAGAAGUAUGUGCUCGAGGCUCUUGUGCGGCACAUGCACUCGUUUGUCAAGGAGGUCGGCCUUACGCCCGAAGAGUGGAUGACCGGCCUUGAAUUCCUCACCAAGACUGGACAGAUGUGCACCGAUAUCCGGCAAGAAUUUAUUCUCCUCUCGGACGUGUUUGGCGUUUCCGCACUCGUUGACACGCUCAACCACCCCAAGCCUCCUGGAGCGACCGAGGCGACAGUCCUCGGCCCAUUCUUCGUCGAGGAUGCGCGCGAGGUGGCAAUCGGCGGCGAAAUUGCCGGCGAAGAAUCGGGCGAGCCAAUGCUCGUCAAGGGCCGUAUCCUCGACACGAACGGAAAGCCUAUCCCCAACUGCCUCAUCGAGACCUGGGAAACAGACGAGGACGGAUACUACGACACGCAGCGGUCCGGAGAGGACGGGUACGUGCAGGACUGCCGUGGGCGCCUGUAUUCCGACAAGGAUGGCAACUAUGCUUUCCGCUGUGUCAUGCCUGUUCCAUACCCGAUUCCGAACGACGGGCCAGUCGGCCAGCUCCUGCGCAGCAUGAACCGACACGUCUUCCGCCCGGCGCACUUGCACAUGAUGUUUAUCGCCGACGGAUACGAAAAGCUCAUUACCGCGCUGUACUUCAAGGGCGACAUCUUCCUCUCGUCGGACGCAGUGUUUGGUGUCAAGAGCAGCCUGGUCGAGGAUCCUAAGAAGGUUACGGAUCCGGCCGAGGCGCGCAAGGCUGGAUUCAAGAAGGACGAGUUUUACCUGUGCGACCGCGACUUCAUCCUUAUUACCGAGCAGCAGGCCCAGGAGGAGCUUGUCAAGGCUAAGGCUCAGGCCAAGGCGGAGGCCACCAAGGCGUAG